CUGCAGCAGGAUGGCCGACAACACAGCGGACUCCUCGGCAUCUUCUGCCUCCAACAGCGACGGAAACGUCUGAGUGAGCUGAUCGAAAGCAAGGGUUUUCCUGGGAGACCUGAAGCCUGAAAACAUCCUGUUUGAUAUCAACAAGAAACUGUACAUCGCAGACUUUGGAGCAAGCAGGAAACUGGAUCUUGCGCAAACUACAUUGAUGGCUUGAUCCUUUUCUUGGUCCAGUUAUGAGUAUGUUGGAGGUGUACGGUGCACGUACAAGAAGGAAUCGGACAUCCAAGUAGCAGGGUGUUUGGUGCAUUACACUCAGACUGAUGGGCAACAUCGCUAUCAAACCACGACACCCUACUCUAGUGAUCCAGUUGGGCUAUCUCAAAAUGUCAGGACAGGCAACUUCACUCUUCAGUGUGAAGUAAGAUGGAUAAGUCACACAGACAUCAUUACCAGAAUGCUGAGUAGAUCAUGUAAAGAAUGCCCCAACUUCGAAGAAUGCCUUCAGGCUGUCAAAUAUUUAACACAACUGUAUGAUACCACUGGAACCACAAACAACUCUGUACAUGAAAACACAAAUAAAGACAGAACCCAUACAACAAAUUGCUGUCCUGAAACACUGGAUAAGAUGGAUAUCUCAGAGACUACUGCAAGUGAUCAGUCAGAGAUUACUGGCAAUGACUUAAUGGAUUCAUCUUCUUCCACUGAAGAGGAAUUUUCCGAGUGUGAAGGGACCACUGCUCUAGAAAUGUCAGAUGAAGAUGAACAGCAAGCAGAAGCAGAAGAGGAAGCAAAAAAGGAGUCAAUCCAAGAAAGAUCACUUUCACAAACCCCAAAGGCAAUGGAUCAAAUAGCCCAUGGUGGUAACCCUCAACAAGAAGUUUCAGUCGAAGUUAAAAUGUCCUCAAACACUGGACAUCAGCGAAUAUAUGACAAGAAGAAUUACUGCCUCUACUGUGAGAAGCCUUUUGUGAAAAUUACGAGACACCUGAAGCAAAAGCAUUCUAACAAAGCUGAAGUGGCUCAGGCACUUGCACACAAACAAGGAUCAGCCAUGCACAAUCUUCUCUUGAGCAAAGUAAGGAACAAGGGAAAUUACUACCACAAUUGUUCAGUGCUGUCCUCUGGGAAAGGACAAAUCAUCCCCAAAAGGCAAGCAACCUACCUGUCAACAGCAACAGACUAUCUGCCUUGCAAGUUUUGUUUUGCCAUGUACAUCAAAAGAGACCUCUGGAGACAUCACAAGCGCUGCAAGCUGCAGGUAAAAGAGGCUGGGCCACUGAAAAGGAAAAUUCAGGCCAGUUGUUCCCUGCUGUUGCCCAUGGACACUACAAUUUCCAGUGGACUUAAAAACAUCCUUGAAGACAUGACAUAUGAUGCUGUGACUCAAGUGGUGAAAUCUGACGUGCUCAUAAUUUCAUUGGGAGAGAGCAUGGUCCUCAAAAAUGGAGAAGUUGGACGACAUCGGGCAGACAUAAGAAACAAGAUGAGAGAACUUGCCAGACUUGUCCUGGUGGCAAGAACAAUGGACAAGGACAUUUUCUUUCUGAAGGACUUGAUCUCCCCAGGAAAGUUCAAUAUAGUUCUUGAGGCUGUAAAAAAGAUGACUGGAUUUGACAGCUCAACAAACCGAUUCUCAGUUCCCUCAACUGCACUGAAACUGCGCCAUUCCCUUGUGAAGGUGUCCUACAUUUUGCAAGAAGAGGGUCUGCGUCAAGACGACGAUGACUUAAAGAAAAGAGCAGAGCAAUUCAGCAAAUUAAUUGAACUAGAAUGGAGGACACACGUGUCAUCCAAUGCACUGAAAACACUGGAUCAAAAGAAAUGGAACAGCCUCAAAAUGCUGCCUCUAUCAGAGGACAUUAAGAAACUUCAUGACCAUUUGAAACGUCUUGAACAGGUCACCAAAAAAGCUCUCAUUGAGGAGCCAUCACAAAGGUCUUGGAGUGAGCUCUCUCAAGUCACGCUGACACAGCUGAUAUUAUUCAAUCGUUGUGAAGGAGAAGCCUCUAGGAUGCAAGUCACAGCAUACCUGGGGAGAAACCAACACAACAUGCAUGAUGAAGUUCUGGAGAGCCUAUCACCUUUUGAAAAGAAAUUGUGUGAGAAACUCACCAGGGUAGAGAUUCGAGGGAAAAGGGGCUGCAAAGUGCCAGUGCUGUUGCCAACAAAUGUUAAAGAGUCGGUUGAACUUCUAAUUAAAACCAGAGAGACUGUUGGGAUUCCCCUGAGCAAUCCCUACAUUUUUGCUCGUCCUUAUUAUGGUUCUCUGGAGAACAUUCGUGGAUGUGACUGCUUAAAGAGAUUUGCAGAAGCCUGUGGAGCAAAACACCCAGAGAAUAUUACAUCCACCAAACUAAGGAAACAGAUAGCCACAGUUUCACAGGUCCUAAGUCUGCAAACUCAUGAACUGGACCAACUGGCAAACUUCAUGGGACAUGAUAUUGAGGUCCCUACGGAGUUUAACAGACUCCCAGAAGAAACGCUCCAAAUGGCAAAAAUGAGCAGACUUCCUGUUGCCCAACAAAGUGGAGUGGGCAAAUUCAAAGGAAACACUCUGGAGGAAAUAACACCAAACAUCAACUCUGAAGAGGAGUUCAGUGACUCUGAUGCAGAGGACAUCCAUAUAUCUGAACAUUGUGCUUCAAUGAGUCCAGAAGGAAACUCGGAGGAUGGAGAUUCUGAAGAAAGGGCUGAUACCUCAAGGAAAGUAGUUGGGAAAAUCAAAAGAUCGGUAUUGCCAUCAAGUCAAAAGGGGCAACCCAGAAGGCCGUCGUCUAAGACCAAAAGAGAGAUCCUUGAACACCAUUUCAGGGACUUCCUGGAGGAACUGAAGAUCCCCGGAAGUGAUCAGCCAGAGAUCACUGGCAGUGUCUUCACAGAUUCAUCUUUUUCUAUGGAAAAGGAAUUUUCUGAAUGUGAAAUGACCACUGCUCUGGAAAUGUCAGAUGAAGAUGAACAGCAAGCAGAAGCAGAAGAGGAAGCAAAAAAGGAGUCAAUCCAAGAAAGAUCACUUUCACACACCUUAAAGGCAAUGGAUCAAAUAGCCCAUGGUGGUAACCCUCAACAAGAAGUUUCAGUCGAAGUUAAAAUGUCCUCAAACACUGGACAUCAGCGAAUAUAUGACAAGAAGAAUUACUGCCUCUACUGCGAGAAGCCUUUUGUGAAAAUCACCAGACACCUGAAGCAAAAGCAUUCUAACAAAGCUGAAGUGGCUCAGGCACUUGCACACAAACAAGGAUCAGCCAUGCACAAUCUUCUCUUGAGCAAAGUAAGGAACAAGGGAAAUUACUACCAUAAUUGUUCAGUACUGUCCUCAGGGAAAGGACAAAUCAUCCCCAAAAGGCAAGCAACCUACCCGUCAACAGCAAGAGACUACCUGCCUUGCAAGUUUUGCUUCGCCAUGUACGUCAAAACAGACCUCUGGAGACAUCACAAGCGCUGCAAGCUGCAGGUAAAAGAGGCUGGGCCACUGAAAAGGAAAAUUCAGGCCAGUUGUUCCCUGCUGUUGCCCAUGAACACUACAAUUUCCAGCGAACUUAAAAACAUCCUUGAAGACAUGACAUAUGAUGCUGUGACUCAAGUGGUGAAAUCUGACGUGCUCAUAAUUUCAUUGGGAGAGAGCAUGGUCCUCAAAAAUGGAGAAAGUGGACGACAUCGGGCAGACAUAAGAAACAAGAUGAGAGAACUUGCCAGACUUGUCCUGGUGGCAAGAACAAUGGACAAGGACAUUUUCUUUCUGAAGGACUUGAUCUCCCCAGGAAAGUUCAAUACAGUUCUUGAGGCUGUGAAGAAGAUGACUGGAUUUGACAGCUCAACAAACCGAUUCUCAGUUCCCUCAACUGCACUGAAACUGCAUCAUUCCCUUGUGAAGGUGUCCUACAUUUUGCAAGGAGAGGGUCUACGUCAAGACGACGAUGACUUAAAGAAAAGAGCAGAGCAAUUCAGCAAAUUAAUUGAACUAGAAUGGACGACACACGUGUCAUCCAAUGCACUGAAAACACUGGAUCAAAAGAAAUGGAGCAGCCCCCAAAUGCUGCCUCUAUCAGAAGACAUUAAGAAACUUCAUGACCAUUUGAAACAUCUUGAACAGGUCAACAAAAAAGCUCUCAUUGAGGAGCCAUCACAAAGGUCUUGGAGUGAGCUCUCUCAAGUCACGCUGACACAGCUGAUAUUAUUCAAUUGUUGUCAUGAUGGAGAAGCCUCCAGGAUGCAAGUCACAGCAUACCUGGGGAGAAACCAACGCAACAUGCAUGAUGAAAUUCUGGAGAGCCUAUCACCUUUUGAAAAGAAAUUGUGUGAGAAACUCACCAGGGUAGAGAUACGAGGGAAAAGGGGCUGCAAAGUACCAGUACUGUUGCCAACAAAUGUUAAAGAGUCGGUUGAACUUCUAAUUAAAACCAGAGAGACUGUUGGGAUUCCCCCAAGCAAUCCCUACAUUUUUGCUCGUCCUUAUUAUGGUUCUCUGAAGAACAUUCGUGGAUGUGACUGCUUAAAGAGAUUUGCAGAAGCCUGUGGAGCAAAACACCCAGAGAAUAUUACAUCCACCAAACUAAGGAAACAGGUAGCCACAGUUUCACAGGUCCUAAGUCUGCAAACGCAUGAACUGGACCAACUGACAAACUUCAUGGGACAUGAUAUUGAGGUCCAUACGGAGUUUAACAGACUCCCAGAAGAAACGCUCCAAAUGGCAAAAAUGAGCAGACUUCCUGUUGCCCUGCAAAGUGGAGUGGGCAAAUUCAAAGGAAACACUCUGGAGGAAAUAACACCAAACAUCAACUCUGAAGAGGAGUUCAGUGAUUCAGAUGCAGAGGAUAUCAAUAUAUCUGAACAUUGUGCUCCUUUAAGUCCAGAAGGAAGCUUGGAGGAUGCAGAUUCUGAAGAAAGGGCUGAUACCUCAAGGAAAGUAGUUGGGAAAAUCAAAAAAUCAGUAUUGCCAUCAAGUCAAAAGGGGCAACCCAGAAGGCCAUGGUCUAAGACCAAAAGCGAAAUCCUUGAACACCAUUUCAAGGACUUCCUGGAGGAAUUGAAGAUCCCCGGAAGUGAUCAGCCAGAGAUCACUGGCAGUGUCUUCACAGAUUCAUCUUUUUCCAUAGAAAAGGAAUUUUCUGAGUGUGAAAUGACCACUGCUCUAGAAAUGUCAGAUGAAGAUGAACAGCAAGCAGAAGAGGAAGCAAAAAAGGAACCAAUCCAAGAAAAAUCACUUUCACAAACCCCAAAAGCAACAGAUCAAAUAGUCCAUGGUGGUAACCCUCAACAAGAAGUUUCAAUGGAAGUGAAAAUGUCCUCAAACACUGGACAUCAGCGAAUAUAUGACAAGAAGAAUUACUGCCUCUACUGCGAGAAGCCUUUUGUGAAAAUUACGAGACACCUGAAGCAAAAGCAUUCUAACAAAGCUGAAGUGGCUCAGGCACUUGCACACAAACAAGGAUCAGCCAUGCACAAUCUUCUCUUGAGCAAAGUAAGGAACAAGGGAAAUUACUACCAUAAUUGUUCAGUACUGUCCUCUGGAAAAGGACAAAUCAUCCCCAAAAGGCAAGCAACCUACCCAUCAACAGCAACGGACUACCUGCCUUGCAAGUUUUGCUUCGCCAUGUACGUCAAAACAGACCUCUGGAGACAUCACAAGCGCUGCAAGCUGCAGGUAAAAGAGGCUGGGCCACUGAAAAGGAAAAUUCAGGCCAGUGGUUCCCUGCUGUUGCCCAUGGACACUACAAUUUCCAGUGGACUUAAAAACAUCCUUGAAGACAUGACGUAUGAUGCUGUGACUCAAGUGGUGAAAUCUGACGUGCUCAUAAUUUCAUUGGGAGAGAGGAUGGUCCUCAAAAAUGGAGAAAGUGGACGACAUCGGGCAGAUAUAAGAAACAAGAUGAGAGAACUUGCCAGACUUGUCCUGGUGGCAAGAACAAUGGACAAGGACAUUUUCUUUCUGAAGGACUUGAUCACCCCAGGAAAGUUCAAUACAGUUCUUGAGGCUGUAAAAAAGAUGACUGGAUUUGACAGCUCAACAAACCGAUUCUCAGUUCCCUCAACUGCACUGAAACUGCGCCAUUCCCUUGUGAAGGUGUCCUACAUUUUGCAAGGAGAAGGUCUGCGUCAAGACGACGAUGACUUAAAGAAAAGAGCGGAGCAAUUCAGCAAAUUAAUUGAACUAGAAUGGACAACACGUAUCAUCCAAUGCACUGAAAACACUGGAUCAAAAGACAUGGAACAGCACCCAAAUGCUGCCUCUAUCAGAAGACAUUAAGAAACUUCAUGACCAUUUGAAACAUCUUGAACAGGUCACCAAAAAAGCUCUCAUUGAGGAGCCAUCACAAAGGUCUUGGAGUGAGCUCUCUCAAGUCACGCUGACACAGCUGAUAUUAUUCAAUCGUUGUCGUGAAGGAGAAGUCUCCAGGAUGCAAGUCACAGCAUACCUGGGGAGAAACCAACACAACAUGCAUGAUGAAAUUCUGGAGAGCCUAUCAUCUUUUGAAAAGAAAUUGUGUGAGAAACUCACCAGGGUAGAGAUACGAGGGAAAAGGGGCUGCAAAGUGCCAGUGCUGUCAAAUGGGUGUGUUAUUCCAUUGAAGCUAAAGAAUACCAUCUACAUGAAACACCUUGACAUUUGUUGACAACAACUGAUGGUGGUUAUUUUCAUUCAUCCAUUUAUUUAAUUACUUACUUUCUUCAUUUAUUUACAGGGCAGCCUAGAAGGCCCUGGUCCAAGACCAAAAGAGAAAUCCUUGAACACCAUUUCAAGGACUUCCUGAAGGAAUUGAAGAUCCCUGGAAAA